UAAAUAUCGCGGAGUUUCCUGCUGUUUUGUAUGUGUGUGGCAGGCGUAGUUUCAGGCAAGUCCAAGAAAGGUGGAGACUUUCGGGAUAACUUCCUGCACAAUAAUCUUGAUAUCAUUAGCUACAAAGAUAGGUUUGGUCGGCUAUUCAAGCAAAGGCGAAUGGCUUAACUGUGAGCUAAACUUGAUUAUUGGUAGUGAAUUAGCAAAAACCACCUUGGCUUAGUAAAUACACAUACAGUAGCUAGCAUUCAAGCUGCUAUAUAACGCAAGCAACCGGAUAGCAGAUUCCAAACAUCUGAUAGCGAGACGGUCCUGGCUACAUUGAAGGACAGUAUGGUAGAGGUUGUGGUGGAGUAUGAGUAUGAAGCCCUCCAUGAAGAUGAGCUGACCCUGAGGCUGGGAGAAGUGAUCAGGAAUGUCCGCAGGAUUGAGGAGGAGGGAUGGAUGGAGGGAGACCUCAACGGGAAGAGAGGACUCUUCCCUGACAACUUCGUCAAGGAGGUGAAGAAGGAGCCCAAGGAGGUGAACGUGACCAAAGAGGAGGCCAAGGAGGAGGCGCAGCCCCAGCGGAGAGAGAAGAGUGCGGGGAACGUGGCCAACCUGGUCCAGAGGAUGAGCACCUAUGGCAUUCCAGCUGGGGGCUUCCAGCCACACUCAAUGCCCCGCGGACUCAAGAAGAGUAAGUCAGAGCCUAAGAAACGGCAGUGCAGGGCUCUGUUUGAGUAUGUGCCCCAGAACGAGGAUGAGCUGGAGCUGAAGAUAGGGGAUAUCAUCGACAUCAAUGAGGAGGUAGAGGAAGGCUGGUGGAGUGGAACCAUGAACGGCAAAUCAGGACUGUUCCCCUCUAACUUCGUCAAAGAGAUCGAGACAAACGCAGAUGGACAGACGAACGACUUAACAGAUGAAGGAGAUGGCAGCGGUAAAGAAGCUCUGCUCCCCCCCUCUCCCACCCACCCCUCUCCAGGCAAUGGAGUGAUCACCCAGCCAAAGAAGAUUCGGGGGGUGGGCUUUGGGGACAUUUUCAGGGAAGGCUCAGUCAAGCUAAAGGUCCGCCUGCCCAGCACAGAUGGAGAGGAGAAGAAAGACAAACCAAUCCCAUUAUUACCAUCUGCCGCAAAGCCCGCCCAUUCCAACGCGACAGACUCACAGAAAGCAGAGGGGGACAGCAAAGCAAAAGUAAAAGAAUACUGCAAGGCCACCUUUGCUUUUGAAGCCACAAACGAAGACGAGCUGACACUAAAAGAGGGUGACGUCAUACAGAUCUUGAGUAAGGACACAGGGGAGCCGGGGUGGUGGAGAGGGGAGGUCGGAGGUAAAGAGGGGGUUUUUCCUGACAACUUUGUGGCUGUGAUGUCAGACGCAGACAAAGAGCCGGCUCCCACAUCAAGAGGAUCAGUCAAACUGUCUCCCAAGCAGGAACCGGAAGAGAGACCCAAGAAGCCACCGCCACCAUCAAAAAGCAUAGCUCGCAAACCCGAGGUCCCGUUGGCUGACAAGAAGCCCCUGCAUCCGCCUCCUGAGGACAGAGGUGACAAGACAGAUCACAAACUGUCAAAGCCUACUGCCCCCCUGGUCCCUCCCAAGAAACCUGUACCUCCGCCAGGCAAGGGCAGACCAGGCAUCCUCCCCCCAAAACGACCAGACAAGCCUCUCGCUCCCUCCCUAGGGGCCAAGCACAAUGGAGAGGUGCCUUCCAUACUCCCAAAGUCAGACUUUGAGACAACGUUACCCAGCAAACCAAAAACGCUGUCGAAUGACCUUGACAUGGACCUGAUGAGCUUUGAUGAUCUGUCGUCUACCUCUGAUAAGCUGUCUCACCCCACCACUAACAGACCAAAGAUGCCUGGCAGGAGGCUGCCCGCUCAGUUUGGAGGAGGCCACUCUCCAAACAAGGACAUCAGCGUGGAGAAAACCUUCAAGUUUGACGAGGAGGAUCGCCCCAAGCCAAAGUUGAUAGACACAAGAAAGCCAUCCAUGCCCAGCUCACUCUCCCAGUCUCCUGUCCUCAAGCCCAGCCCAUCCCUGUCGGAGGGGCUCAAAGCCAGCCCGGCUUUGGCCCCUGACCGCAGAAGCCCCAGCCCUAGCUCCAGCCGAAGCCGCAGCCCAGGCCCUAGCACGGAGACCAAGCCCAAGGCAGAGUCAGAGGAGCAGAAGUCUGAGCUGCAGGACCUCAGAGCCCAAAUGAAAGAUCUGCUGCUGUCUGUGGAGCUCCUCAAGACCCAGCAAAUGAGAGAGAUGGCAGAGCUGAGGAGCGAGCUGGACGAGGAGAGGUUGAAACGAGUGGCCCUGCAGAUGGAGAUAGAGAAAUUAAAGAAGAUGGUUCAUUCAACGUGAAGUCUGACCCAAUCAGCCUGGAACAUCAGUCACCUAUCGGUCUGUCGCUGAGUACAAAGAGGAGGGGGACGAUGACAUUCCUAUAAUACUUUGAGUUAUCAUCAACCUAUUCCGCAUUUGUAAGAUUUACAUUUUUGCACAUAUUAAGGUUUUUUAGUUAUAGAAAGGUGUAAUUAAAUACAGAUGUAUAUGUUUUUUGUUACUUUUUUUCUCUAUUUUUUUGCCAACACAAACAAUCGAGGCCUUACUAACUACUGUGCUGGACUGGCAGUCUCUGCAUUCUCUAUGGGAAUGUGUCAGGGUUGCUCUCAAUACUACUGAUUCUGUAUAAAGCGAUAGGGGAUUCUUUUUGUUUAAUUUUUUUACGACUUGCAGGUAGUUGAUUUUAAAGAUGAUUCUGAUUUCAGUUAAAGUAUCCAUAUUAGCCUCUUUAUAUCAUAAUGAAUGAUAUUGUGAUGUGCCCCUGUUGCUACAGCAGUGUUGUACUCCAUUGCUAUGGCAUAAGGGAUCCUUUUCUUUGUUGUUAUUUUUCUUCUUACAUUCCUAUCCAGGGUAACACUAUUGUGCCUGUUAAACAAAUAUUCAAGUGUUAAUAUUGGGAGAUUACAUUUAUCAAACUGUUUAGACUUGCUGAUUAUAUAUUUUUUAAAGUACUGACAAUGUGCUUAGACAUAUAUUAGAGAGGGUCCUUUUUUUUUCUUCAUUUUGUCUUGUUCUUCUUGUAAAGGACAAGUCAUGUGGAAUGGUUAUCUCAGAAAGAGAGCGACAGGUGUGUUAGAGAUCAUAUAUUUAGUACCAUCAAAUACAGCCAAUAAUAGAGCACCAGUGGUUUAUGAGAUAAAUCUCCAUUUUAUUUCACGCCACGGUCAAAAUUGUGGCUUAUUCAUCGAUUUGUUAUUAGCUUGCACAACUCCUGUACGCCAAAUGCUCUGACCCCUCUUUUAUGAACCAUAUACAGCUCUCUCUCUAACUCUCUCUGUAAAAGAAAAUCAUGUGUGCUUUGAAGAGUGAGCAAUCUCUUUCUAACCUCCCAGAUGAGACCGGAAGUCCUGUAUAGCAGUGACCUUUGUGUGUUUCCAUGUUACCCUGAAUGUGUCUGGUUCACACGUCUUUAUACUUGGACCAAGUAGAAACGUGGAGCAUGGAGGCUAACUGGACAUAUAGCCCAGUACACAGUAUAUCUGCCAUUUCUCAUUACUGUAAGCGAGAGGCUGAAUGGAAAGGUAUUGGGGGAAGAGAUCUACUUGAUACAGAAGGGUUAAGCUCUGUACUGUACCUAUGCAUAGCCAGCACCACUUUGUAAUUGAAACGUCUGUUGUGACUGUCUGUUGAAUGCUCAACAUGUGUAAAGGUAUUGGAGGACCCAGACCCUGCUUGAGUUGAAAGCUGUAAAGAUGGCCUCCACAUCACAUUAGCGUGGGCAGGCGUGAACUCAAGGAAGGACAAGAUAUUUUUGUUGGGAUGCAUUCAGUGUACCGCUCAGACAAAAGCAUCUGUUGGAGGUUGUCGCUAGAUUAUGCAGCAAUUUGAUGAUUCCUAACUUACCCAUCAUGAUCAGAAGGAUGUUUGCCUCGACUUCAGAUCAUCCUGAACGCUGUGGAUGGCCUUUCUCUGCAUCCUUCUUCAUAUUCUAUUUUAGCAAGCUAAAUAUUGCUUUACAUUUUAAAUAUAUAUACUGAUCACACAAAAUGUCUUAUCCAGGAAAUUAUAGUUUUUCCUUCACACGAGUACACCAAGCCGUGUACCAACCUCAGGCUUAGAAUCUUAUCCAUUAAAAGAAAGCAUUCCUGAUCAGGGACUGUGCUCGCACGCGUUUGUGUGUAUGCAUGAAAGGAAGCCUGAAAGCCUGUGUAUGUGUCUGUGAUGUUGAGGUUGGGUUUUAGGUUUGUCCUAAGCGUGUUUGGCCUUGUUGACUGGUCCGGGUAAAAUAAAGGGCAAGAUUACACGUUGAUCCCUAAAGCAAUAAGAAUCUGUAAUGUCUUACUUUUUUACAUCCCUCAAUGUUUCUCAUGGCUACAUUCUAAGUUGAGCUUGAGCAAAGAGAUAAUCACACAAAUAUAUAUAUAUAUAUAUAUAUAUAUACACACAAAGACAAAGCUAUCCAUGUAACUGUCAUUCAGCUUAAUACUGUACAUUCCAUUAUUUGAUGCAAAGAAAAUAGGAAAUAUGUGCACAUUUAACAUCUUUUCAAGUGAUCUUGUUUACAUGUGCUGUGAAAUUGCAUGAACUGAGAUUCUUUCCAAAAUGAAUAAAUAUAAUCUUAAUUUA